AUGGAGGUGGGGAUGAGACCGCCUACCACUACCUCAUACGCCUGCCGCCUGCCGCCUACCACUACCUCAUACGCCUACCGCCUGCCGCCUGCCGCCUACAACUACCUCAUACCGCCUGCCACCUGCCGCCUGCCGCCUACCACUACCUCAUACCGCCUGCCACCUGCCGCCAGCCGCCUGUCAGCCUACCACCUACCACCUACCGCCUUACCGCCUACCACUACCUCAUACCGCCUACCGCCUGCCGCCUGCCGCUACCACUACCUCAUACCGCCUGCCACCUGCCGCCAGCCGCCUGCACCUCCACCUAACCUACGCCUACCCACCUACCACUACCUGCACUACCGCCUACCGCCUACCACUACCUCAUACGCCUACCGCCUACCGCCUGCCGCCUGCGCCCUGCGCCUACCUCAUACGCUGCCUGCCCCUACCGCCUACCGCCUGCCGCCUGCCGCCUGCCGCCUACCUCCUACCGCCUGCCGCCUACCACUACCUCAUACCGCCUGCCACCAACCACCUACCGCCUGCCGCCGCCGCCUACCACCUGCCACUACCUCAUACCGCUGCCGCCUGCCGCCUACCACCUGCCACUACAACAUGAUACGCCUGAACCAAACACACCUUUAUUCAACAUCACCGCCUGCCGCCUGCCGCCAGCCGCCUAACCACUACCUUUACCGCCUGCCGCCUGCCGCCUGCCGCCGUACCACUACCUCAUACCGCCUGCCACCUGCGCCAGCCGCCUGUCACCUACCACCUACCACCUACCACUACCGCCUACCGCCUACCACUACCUCAUUACCGCCUACCGCCUACCGCCUGCCGCCUGCCGCCUGCCGCCUACCUCAUACCGCCUGCCGCCUACCGCCUACCGCCUGCGCGCUGCCGCCUGCCGCCUACCUCAUACCGCCUGCCGCCUACCACUACCUCAUACCGCCUGCCACCAACCACUACCGCUGCCGCCUGCCGCUCCUGCUGCGCCUGCCGCCUGCCGCCUGCCGCCCUACCACCUGCCACUACCUCAUACCGCCUGCCGCCUGCCCCGCCUACCACCUGCAUACCUCAUACCGCUCUGACCGGCUACGCCUCAGCCGCCUUGCCGCCUGCCAUCUGGCGGGCCGACCUACUACCUACAUUACCGCCUGCCUGCCGCCUACCACUACCUCACAUACGCCUGCCGCCUGCCGCCUACCACCUGCCACUACCUCAUACCGGCUGCCGCCUAGCGAGGCCGCCAGCCUGCCACACCUCAUACCGCCCCGCCUACCGCCUAGCCGCCUGCGCUGCCCCUGCCGCCACUACCCUAGACCUGCAUACCCCUGCCGCCUACCACAUACCUCAUACCGCCUUCCGCCUGCCACCCUGCCGCCUACCACUACCUGCAUACCGCCGGCCUGCCACCUGCCGCCUACCACUACCUCAUACCUCCCUCGCACCCCUACCCACCGCCUCCACCUCCUACCACCUUACCCAUACCCUGCCAACUGCCGCCUGCGCACUACCUUCAUACCGCCUGCCACCUGCCGCAGCCACUACCUCAUACCGCCUGCCACCUACCACUACCUCAUACCGCCUGCCGCCUACCACUACCUCAUACCACCUACCACCUACCGCCUGCCGCCUACCGCCUGCCGCCUGCCACUACCUGAUACCGCGCUACCACCUACCACCCACCACCUUACCACCUACCACCUACCACCUACACUACCACCUACCACCAUGCCGCCUGCCAUCCUCAUACCGCCUGCCGCCUACCCCUACCCAGACAUACCCAGCGCACAGUAA